AUGAACAAGAUACCUGAAGGUACCCGUGAAUGGGAGACAUUCAAAUAUGAUUCUUUCCAUAUCCCCAGCGCCGUCUUCAACAACCCCGACCGACCAAUACCCAUUUCCUCUAUCUCUUCGUCCACCGACACAGGCCUCACGGCAUUCGCGCAGCUGGGCGCCUUGCGACUAAACGCCUCGCGAGCUCUGAUCUCCCUGUUCGAUCGCCAACACCAAUAUGUGGUCGCCGAAGCCACCCGCUCCAUGCCACUGUCGCCGAAUACCAAGUACCCGACGCAAAACCACCUCUGGCUCUGUGGGACGGCCAUCCCUCGUACGUUCGGAAUAUGCGAGCAUGUGCUGGUAGGAGCAACCCAAGACCAAGAGACACCCAGCACGCGACUCCAGACGGCGCCCUCCUAUGAGAGUGAGCUUCCCGUGUCCGUGGUCCCGGAUCUCGCAGCCGACCGGCGAUUCUGCAAUCGUCCGUACAUCAAUGCGGCCCCAUACAACCGCUUUUAUGCGGGCGUCCCCAUUCGAUCUCCCAAAGGCAUCAACAUUGGUGUAUACUGCAUUUUCGAUGACCGUCCGCGCUCCGGGCUCGAUGCCGACUCGGUACAGUUCCUGCGGGACAUGUCACGGACAAUCAUGGAUUAUCUGCAUGCCAGGCGCGUCACCGAAAGCUACCGCCGUAGCGAGCGUAUGGUCCAGGGCCUGGGCAACUUCAUUGAGGGGAGAGACGACCCCGUUCCGACGGCAGGACCUACCCCGCGGCCGUCCCCGAAUGGCUUCGAUCCUACUGGGGUUACAGUAUCGCGUCCUGAGACCGACCCGCCAUCGCCCACAUCCUCCGAAGCCGCCGCCCCCGUCCGGCCGAGCAUCCACCCAAUCAUCCCGGAACCGAUGGAGUCUCCCACAAAGGUCGACUCGAGCGACUCUAUGGAAACCACUGCAACGACAGCCACGGUGGCGACGACGACUUCGAGCACGGCCCCGCCAGAUCCGCACCUAUCGGCAACCGUCAAGAUAUUUUCGCGGGCGGCUAAUGUCAUCAGGAAGGCUCUCGAGGUAGACGGCGCUCUUUUCCUAGAUGCCAGCAUCGGGUCGUUCGGCGGGCUGGUGACGGGGCCGCGGAGGCCGAGCGAGGUGGCUGAUCGCAAUUUCUCGAGCAGUGAAGACAGCCUCUCGGAACGGUCCGAGGAUGCUAACGACAGAUGGUGCAAGAGCUUUGGGGGUUCUUCGAUCAUGGACGACGUUGCCAACAGGUCGAACGUGCCCCAGGUUGGCCGGGUGACGUUGCGCGAGAGGUUCUUGAGGAGGUUGCUGAAGAGGUACCCCAACGGAAAGGUCUUCAGCUUCGACGAAACGGGGAACUGGCUCGCUGCCGACUACGAGAGCGAUGAUGCCGACGUUACGCCGACGGAAGAGACCGAACAGCCCCUGACGCGACCCGAGAACAAGGCGGCCCAUUCAUACUUCACAAAGAGGAACGAGGCAAGGACCAUCAUCGACGUCUUCCCGGGCGCGAGGAGUGUGGCGGUGGUUCCGUUGUCGGAUCCGUCGAAAGAGCGAUGCUUUGCCGGGGGGUUUGUCUGGAGCAAGAGCGCGACCCGGAUCCUCACGCCAGCCGCAGACCUACCCUUCAUACGAGCGUUCGGAAUGGUCACCAUGUCCGAGGUCAUUCGGCUCGACGCCAUUCUGGCAGAUAGGGCGAAGACGGACAUUCUGGGAUCGUUGAGCCACGAGCUCCGGUCGCCGCUGCACGGGGUCGUCGCCGCCGCGGAGCUCCUCCAUGAUACCCAGCUAGAUGCUUUCCAGGUCGACGUCAUCCACACCAUCGAGAUAUCGGGCAAGACGCUGCUCGAUACUAUUGAUCAUCUGCUGGACUAUAGCAAAGUCAACACGUUCCUGCGAGCGUCCAAGUCCCAGCGCAGGAACAACGGACCAGGACGCGGUUUGCGACCAGAACAGUCGGCAUCCAUCGAGUCGGGCAUGAUGACGCUAGUGUCGGAUGUACAUCUCGACCUCCUCGUGGAGGAAGUCAUCGAGAGCGUCUUCAUCGGCUACAGCUUCCACCACAUGGUCGCAUCUUCGCUGGCUCGCCAUGGUUCCUCGGGCCCACCCACGCCGGCCCAGGAGAAGUUGGACGCCAUCGCCACGUCGGAUGGUCUGGGCCACAGGCGAAGCAGCUCGGAAAGCCCACCUGCCAGCCUCAAGGACGUCAAGAUCCUCGUCGACAUUGACCCGGAGUCCUCGUGGGUAUUCCACACCAACCCGGGUGCCAUCCGUCGCAUCGUCAUGAACCUGUUCGGAAACGCACUCAAGUACACGUCCAAGGGGUUCAUCAAGGUGCAGCUGAGACAGGAUGAAGUGGUGCACAAGUCGUCUAGGUCGGCGUCGAUGGUUGUGCUCACCGUGACUGACUCGGGCAAGGGCAUCAGCGAGGAGUUCCUUCACACCAAGCUCUUUACCCCCUUUUCCCAGGAAGACGCCCUUGCGCCGGGCACGGGUCUCGGCCUGAGCCUCGUACGGCAAAUCGUCACGGGUCUCGGCGGAACAAUCAGCGUGAGAAGCCAAGUCGGCCACGGAACGAGCAUCACGGUUUCGAUGCCGCUUGUGCUAUCGCGCAAGGCCAGCAGCCGAGGAAGGAAGUUUUCGGCCGACCUGCAAACGUUGGCCGGCACUCAACUGUCGGUUCAGGGAUUCAGCAGGGGUUUUGAUGAAUCGGAAGAGCUUCGCGCCGGCGGGCUCGAUCUUCCCGUGGAGAGUCUGCCCUUCAAGUGGAUGGACGUCAAGAUCAACCAGGACAGCCAGGACUCGGCCGUUGCGGACCUGGUGGUUUGCAGCGAGGAAGCGUUCAAGGGUCUCGGUCUGUCAGAGACGGGAGGUGUCGAGAAACCGCUUGUCGUGGUCUGCGGCAACGCCGAAGCCGCACAAAAGCUCGCCACAUCAUACAGACGCUCUCUUCGCCACGAGGCUGUCAUGGAGUUCAUCGCCCAGCCUACCGGACCUAGGAAAGUCGCGAAGGCGCUGGCCUGUGCCCUUGAUCGGUGGAAGCAGCGCCAGUUGGUCAAAUCGGCGGUGGUUAGCCCGCUGUCGGACGCGUUCCCGGCGCCGGCCCCAAGCCCACGUGCGUUGAAGUCGGAGGCGCUGGCAAUGAGGCCCAGAGCGCAGUCGGAGACGGUCAAGAUGGUGAGAGUGGCCUCGCCUCCUCCGGACAUGGUGUCGCAGUCGCCGGGCGAUAGUUGGAUCGCCAACACAACAGACUCCAAUAACUUCACCUUGACACUCCCAUUCCGGCCGGCGGCGUCGGUGGUGGCGCCCUCAAUGUCGACGGCUUCGGCCAGGGGCACCAUGGGCUCGGGUGCCUCACCCUCCUCAGCGGCCAUCAAGCCGCCCUCGGAGUUCCUCUUGGUGGAUGAUAAUGCCAUCAAUCUCAAGAUUCUCUCGGCAUAUAUGAAAAGGCUUCACAAGCGGAGCGCAACAGCUUCCAACGGGCUCGAGGCUCUACAAGCCUACACAUCCCAUCCGGAGAGGUUUUGCUGCAUCCUCAUAGAUAUAACGAUGCCCGUCAUGGACGGACUAGAAGCUACAAGGCGGAUCAGAGAGUUUGAGCGAGCACGCAACCUACCGCCCGUGAUCGUGAUUGCCAUCACGAGCUUGGGGUCAGUGGGUGCGCGGCAGGAGGGGUUUGCGAGCGGGAUGGACCUCUUCCUGACGCGGCCGGUGACCAUGACGGAGCUGGUCAAGAUUCUGAAGCAGCGAAAACUGGUGGACGAGACGGUAGAGAAGGAGGUGUUGCCGAAAUGA